AUGUUAAAUGCUUCAUUACACUUUUUAAGAUAUAAGAAUCUUAAUUUGUAUAUUACAAAACGUUCUUCAAUUAAUUUUAAAAAUAAUAUUAAAAAAAUUUCGAAAAGAUAUUUCAUUACAAUGAAUGAAAAGAAAGAGCAUGAAAAUGAAAAGAGAAUAGAUUUCCCAGAAGCAAAUGAAGGCAAGCAAGAAAGAGAUAAAAAAAAAGAAGAUGAAACAGAAGUAGACCCUCGAUUAUACUACGAAAAUAGAUCAAAAUUUAUCGUUGAUCAGAAGAGUAAAGGAGUAAACCCAUAUCCUCAUAAGUUUGAAAGAACAAUUACUAUACCAGAUUUUAUAGAAAAAUAUAAAAAUCUUUCAAAUGGAGAACAUUUAGAAGACACUAUUCUAAACAUUACAGGUAGAAUAAUGAGAGUGUCAUCUUCUGGACAAAAAUUGAGGUUUUUUGACUUAGUUGGUGAUGGAGAAAAAAUACAAGUUUUAGCUAACUAUACAUUUCAUGAUCAUACAAAAUCUAAUUUUGCUGAAUCUUAUGAUAAAAUAAGAAGAGGAGACAUUGUUGGUAUAGUUGGAUUUCCAGGAAAAAGUAAGAAAGGAGAAUUGAGCAUUUUUCCAAAAGAAACUUUAAUAUUAUCUGCCUGUUUACAUAUGUUACCUAUGAAAUCUGGAUUAAAAGAUACUGAAAUUAGAUAUAGGCAAAGAUAUUUAGAUUUAAUUAUUAAUGAAUCUUCUAGAAGUACAUUUGUUACAAGGUCUAAUAUUAUAAAUUUCUUAAGAAGAUUUUUAAAUGAAAGAGGAUUUUUAGAAGUAGAAACACCUAUGAUGAAUUUAGUUGCAGGAGGUGCUAAUGCUAGACCUUUUAUUACACAUCAUAAUGAUUUGAAUUUAGAUUUAUUUUUAAGAAUUGCUCCUGAAUUAUAUUUGAAAAUGUUAAUUGUUGGAGGUUUAGAUAAAGUAUACGAAAUUGGAAAAAUGUUUAGAAAUGAAGGUAUUGAUAAUUCUCAUAAUCCUGAAUAUACUUCAUGUGAAUUUUAUUGGGCUUAUGCAGAUUUUCAUGAUUUAAUUAAAUGGUCAGAAGAUUUUUUUUCUAGUUUAGUAUAUCACUUAUUUGGAUCUUAUAAAAUAGUAUAUAAUAAAGAUGGAUAUGAUAAUCCUCCUAUUGAAAUUGAUUUUACACCACCUUAUCCUAAAUUAUCAUUGGUGGAAGAAAUUGAAAAAAUAACAAACACUAAAUUAGAACAACCAUUUGAUUCUGAUGAGACUAUAGAAAAAAUGAUUAACCUUUUAAAAACUUAUAAAGUUGAAUUACCCAACCCUCCAACAGCUGCUAAAUUGUUAGACCAAUUAGCUUCUCACUUUUUAGAAAAUAGAUACGUUGAUAAACCUUUCUUUAUUAUUGAACACCCUCAAAUUAUGAGUCCUCUUGCUAAAUAUCAUAGAUCUAAACCUGGUUUGACAGAAAGAUUAGAAAUGUUUAUAUGUGGUAAGGAAGUUUUAAAUGCUUAUACAGAAUUAAAUGAUCCAUUUAAACAAAGAGAAUGUUUCACAAAUCAACAAAAAGACAGAGAAAAAGGAGAUACGGAAGCUUUUCAAUUUGAUGCAGCUUUUUGUACAGCUUUAGAAUAUGGUUUACCACCAACUGCAGGUUUAGGAAUUGGUAUAGAUAGAGUUACAAUGUUUUUAACUAAUAAAAAUUGUAUUAAAGAUGUUAUUUUAUUCCCAACUAUGAGACCUGCUAAUUAG